CAGCAUGAUGCUGGCGGCAUAUGUGAAAUUAUGUACUAUGAGCAUGAUAACACCAGUUAAUACAUGUUUAUGACCAGCUUAAAACAUUCCGGUAAAAAUCCAUUUAAAAACAUUUGACUCCGAAAGCUCUCGUGAUUGCGCAUGUUUAUUAUCUUGUAAGCUUUUCAUUCAUAAAAUUCCGACAGAGUCCUUUAGAGCGGUGAGUUUCAAUUAGUAUCAAAUUGACCGUGAUACCGAUAAGUUCUUGUGAAAGUUGAACGGAAGCAAUUGUCAAAGGACUUUUGUCCGUCGGCGUUUGAAAUUGAAUCUCGCGUGGCGUAUACUUAAUAUUGUUGAAUAAAUAUUGUUUGUGUGUGUUUGCAUGUGUAUGUGAAAUGGGAAAAGCUGCGGAUGUGUUUGUAAUAAAAGUGUCACUCUUAAUGCAAAGUUGUUUUUGUAUACCACAAUGUAAACAAAAGUAAAUCCAAAUAAAGAAAACCCAAUUGGAUGGGAAUAUAAUUCAACUUGGUAUGGCUGAUAAAAAGUUCCAAAGUGUCUGUUUUUGUGUUGGGUGGGUGAUCCAACAAAACAACUCGAAAAUAUUUUCUGUAAUUGCAUAAAAACAAAACGAACACAAGAUUGGAUUUAAACAAUAAACCUUGCCGGCAACCAAUAAAAUAUACAUUUUCCUACCCUACGAAACUUUGUCUCAAUCCCACAGGAUAAAAGUUCUAGUAAGAAGAACGACAAAUUUGAUGACACCAUGGUAUUACUGAUGUCUUGCUGUUGUUGGGAUGAUGUAUGGAAAGGCAGUUUUGCCAGUGGCAUAUAUACAUUGAUUUAUCAUGGGUUCUCAGCAUUCCUUGGUGUAAGAAGUCUGAUCGAUGAAUGGGACUAUCUUCUGGGAAAACGAGACAAGCCCCGAGGAGAGACAAUAAUUGAGAAAGGUGACAUAACCAAAACACAUGUAGUAUUCAAUAUAAUGUCAUUGACAGUUUCCAUGGGAUUAAUAUUUUCAGCAGUUUUGCUGAUAUUUGGCCUGAAGAGGAAAAAACGGGAACUUCUGUGGCCAUGGAUUCUGAUGAUGGUAGCUGAUUUAAUCCUAGAGGUUUUUUACAUUGGCUAUUUUUUAAUAUAUCGAAGAGUGGAAUUUAAUCCAGUAAACGGAUUUAUUUUCACAAUAAUUUUAUUCAUAACAACAUUAAAUGUAUAUUGCAUUUUAUGUGUAAUAUCACAAUACCAAUUAUACAGACUCAGACAAUGUUAUGCUGGACAGCAUGAGAAUGCCACUGAUGUCUUUGAAACCUACUCCAGGUGACUAAAACCGUCCUACACUUCUUGCGAAGAAACUUGCCAACAGACUGCUGAAGAAGUAGUACCCGCUGGUCAAUUAAAUAGUUCAACAAAUGUUCUUUUGGAUGCAACACACUCCCCAGCCCUGUGCACAAUACCGGAGGAAAACUCACAGACGAGUAUAUAAAAUUCGAUAUAUUUUCCAGAUGAUAAAUUUUCUUGUUGGGCUUGUACAUAUAAAAAUAAAUUUG